AGAAAAUAAAAUGAAAAGAAAAAUAUUUUUAAGAAAGAUCAAUUGAGAGAUAGUUUGGAAAGUAGGAGGGCUCAUUUGAGAUUAAAACCCUAGAAUCGAUCAACGCUGCGACUAUUCUUCCCCUCUCUCUUUUCCUCUCCUUCUCUUUGUGUUAAAGCGAUCGGUUCUUCGUCGUUGAUUUCCGUAGACAAAUCGAAAGAUGAGGGGAUUGGUGAACAAGCUCGUGUCCAGAUCUCUCUCCGUCGCCGGCAAAUGGCAGCAGCAACAGCUUCGCCGUCUCAACAUCCACGAGUAUCAGGGAGCUGAGUUGAUGGGAAAAUACGGAGUUAAUGUGCCAAAGGGAGUCGCUGUGUCUUCUUUGGAUGAAGUUAAAAAGGCUAUCCAAGACGUUUUCCCUAAUGAAAGCGAGUUGGUCGUUAAGAGCCAGAUUUUGGCUGGUGGAAGAGGUCUUGGAACAUUCAAGAGUGGCCUCAAGGGUGGUGUUCACAUUGUUAACCGUGACCAGGUUGAAGAUAUUGCGGGAAAGAUGCUAGGACAAGUACUCGUCACCAAGCAAACUGGUCCUCAAGGCAAAGUAGUUAGCAAGGUUUACUUGUGUGAGAAACUGUCACUCGUCAAUGAGAUGUACUUUUCCAUAAUUCUGGACCGUAAAUCUGCUGGACCGCUGAUAAUUGCCUGCAAAAAGGGUGGUACCAGCAUUGAAGAUCUUGCUGAAAAGUUCCCUGACAUGAUUAUUAAGGUACCGAUUGAUGUAUUUGCUGGAAUUACUGACGAAGAUGCUGCUAAGGUUGUGGAUGGUCUGGCUCCCAAAGCUGCUGACAGAAAAGAUUCUAUUGAACAAGUGAAGAAGCUAUACGAACUCUUCCGCAAGUCUGACUGCACAAUGUUGGAAAUCAACCCCCUCGCUGAGACAUCCACUAAUCUAUUGGUAGCUGCUGAUGCCAAGUUGAACUUUGAUGAUAACGCUGCUUUCCGACAGAAAGAAGUUUUUGCUCUGCGUGAUCCAACACAGGAGGAUCCACGAGAGGUGGCUGCUGCAAAAGUUGACCUGAACUACAUCGGAUUAGAUGGAGAGAUUGGUUGCAUGGUGAAUGGUGCUGGACUGGCCAUGGCGACCAUGGACAUCAUUAAAUUGCACGGUGGUACUCCCGCCAACUUCCUUGACGUUGGUGGAAACGCUUCUGAACACCAGGUGGUGGAGGCGUUUAAGAUACUGACAUCGGACGAUAAAGUGAGAGCAAUCUUGGUGAACAUAUUCGGUGGGAUAAUGAAAUGUGAUGUGAUUGCUAGUGGAAUCGUGAACGCUGCAAAAGAGGUGUCACUGAAAGUACCAGUGGUGGUUCGUCUAGAAGGAACAAAUGUGGAACAAGGGAAGAGAAUCCUCAAGGAGAGUGGAAUGAAACUCAUUACAGCUGAUGAUUUGGAUGAUGCAGCAGAGAAAGCUGUUAAAGCUUUAGCUAAUUAGGAGGCUUAAAGAAGGGAUUACUCUCUCUCUCUCUCUCUCUCUCUCUCUCUCUGUCUCUGUUUUAUACAAAAAAGCUUUCUUUUUUUGUUGGGUUUUUUUUUCUUUCUUAACCAUUUUUAUGGUCGACGACGCAAUUGCAUAUUGUUGCGGAUAUAAUUCGGUGGAACAGAUCAAUAAUGAACUGGUCUCUUUUUUCUGUGUGUGAUUCGGAGAAAAUUUAAAUCGGAGUUCUCAAUUAUUUCGCAAAUUAAACCAUUAAGUGACGGAAUAUUAAG